UGUUCAGUUAACGCUAGGUGAACCACAUGACGGUCUUAAAAUGACUGAGUCGCCUAAUUCGAUAGGAAAUUAAAAAUAAAUACCUUUUAAAGUAAAACUUUUUUCUGAGUCAGUAGACGACUUCAUUUGAUUAUUAUAAUAUAAGUUUGUGUUUUCCUUAUGAUAAUGAAAACUGACUUCAUUUUUCAGAGACAACGAUGUGCUUUGCUGGUAACGAAUGUUUGAUUUUUGCAAGGCGGAGGGACAGAGCGCGGUCAACAGUCCUGAAAAAGAAUAAGCGUGUAGCUAUCAGCACUAUAUGGAAAUCACAGUUGUUAAUAACUGGGAACCUGGAGUCUGUUGUGAUGAAGCCUUGUAGCUACCGAACAAAAAUGCCUUUUUUCCAACCUAUACAUUUUUACUAUAUUUGGGGAUUGAUCAGUGUGAUUGCAAUUCCAUUGUCUUUUGGUGAGAUGUACACGUCGUUACUGAACAUUAAGCAAGCCAUUAAUGUUGAAAGAGAACUUAUCAGUCAUUUACAAACGUACAUCGAGCACGAGUCAGAGAGACUAGACGACAUCAAAAGGUUCUAUUCAAAAGUGUCUGACUUGCAUAAAGAAGUGUACAGUGGAGCAGCAGCAUCGAUAUCAAACCCACUGGUGGCGUUUACGCUGAUCAAGCGUUUACAGUCAGAGUGGCAGAACGUGGUUUACAGUGAAGAGGCCGUUGAGAACACCCAAGCCCUCAGGUCAGGUUACAAGGAAGAAGAGGCCAUCUUGCCCAAACUGGAGGACCUGUAUGGGGCAGCUAGAGGUCUGAUGAGGCUGCAGGAUGUGUAUGAUCUUCAGGUGGGGGGGCUGGUGAGGGGCCACUUCCAGAGGGGGACAAAUGGCAACCCUAUUAACAUCUACAGUCCACCAGUUUCCAUCCCACUCUCUGGAGAUGACUGCUUUCUGGUCGGAAAGGUAGCCUAUGAGCAGGAGGAUUACUACCACUCUGUCCAAUGGCUGGAGGAGUCUGUCCGCCUGUUCCGUGGGUCAGGAGGGGAGUGGAGCCCAGAGAACGAGGGCACUCUGGAAGAUGCUCUGGACCACCUGGCUUUCUCACACUUUAAGACAGGAAACGUGACCUAUGCACUCAGUCUCUCCCAGGAGUUGCUUCACCACGAUCCCAUGAACGGCAGAGUUCUACAGAACGUGGAGAAGUACGAGAGGUUGCUUGUUGAAAGUCCACAGUUACAGGAUUCUGAUGGAGUGUUGAAAAGGCCCAACACCACUUAUCUCAGGACAAGGAACGCAUAUGAGAGACUGUGCCAGACACAAAGUCAUCAGCCAAAGCACUAUGAGAACCCUGACCUCUUCUGUGACUACUUCACCAAUGGCAGUCCGACGCUGUUGCUGAAGCCAGUCAAACGAGAGGUUCUCAGCCUGCAGCCGUUCGUGGUCCUCUACCACAGCUUCAUCACUGACGCUGAGGGUAACAACAUCAAGCUCCAUGCCCAUCCUGGGUUAAGGAGGUCUGUGGUGGCAUCUGGAGAGAAGCAGGCAACAGCUGAGUAUCGAAUCAGCAAGAGUGCAUGGCUGAAGGACACAGUACACCCUAUUGUGAGGCAACUGGACCAGCGCAUCUCUAUGCUCACAGGGCUGAACGUCCAGCCUCCACAUGGAGAGUACCUCCAGGUGGUCAACUAUGGUAUCGGAGGUCACUAUGAACCUCACUUUGAUCAUGCUACAUCAGCAUCAAGUCCCCUGUUUAAGCUUAAAACUGGGAAUCGAGUGGCAACGUUUAUGAUAUAUCUCAGCUCUGUUGACGCAGGCGGGUCCACAGUCUUCAUCCACGCCAACUUCAGUGUUCCUGUUGUACAGAAUGCUGCCCUCUUCUGGUGGAAUCUCCAUAGAAACGGUCAAGGUGACGGGGACACCCUGCAUGCUGGUUGUCCUGUCCUUAUUGGAGACAAAUGGGUGGCUAACAAAUGGAUCCAUGAGUAUGGCCAGGAGUUCCAGCGUCGCUGCAGCACUAACCCUGAAGAGUGAAGACACUGGAAGCAGCAGCUGGGACCGCUUGGAGUACAAGAGACAGACUCCACAAUGGAGUGGUGCAAUCGCAGGCUUAAAGGAGGGGGGGCGCCAGAUCCAGAGAAAGUGAAGGAAAGGAGAGAGGGAAGGGGAGAGAGGCGGGAGGCUGCAGGUCUGUGAUUGGAGUUC